GCCUCUUCAUCUUUUGUUGUAUCGAUCGAACGCCGCAGAUUUUAAAAGUGACGUCAUAAAAACUUUUUAAAUAUUGAAUUUCGAAACGAAAGACUAUUUAGUGUGUUUCAGUGCCUAUUGUGGAGUGCCCGUUUUUAAAAAAAUAAUGAAGCCACUACUUAGUGUGGUGGCAUUAUGCCUUCUGUCCGUCACCGCCUUACCAGAGAGCAUAGAGGACGUCAAACAACUACCACAGAGUAAGGAGCCAAUCGUAGAAGCAGAAGAAAGCGAGACCCAGACAAGGACAGAAAGAUGUAGCACUUGCACUGCUAAACUGAACAUCAAAAGUCCCAAUGAUGUUUUAGCAGCUAUUCAAGCACUACCGGGAGCAGUGGGCGAAGUACACACUCAACAGUCUUUUGAAGGCUGCUCCAGUGACAAAGGCUGCGCUGGUCUCAAAGUAAAAGACGGUAAAGUCGUGGAAAGAUUCGGCAAUGUUGACGCUUUCAGGGCAGCCGCAGCCGCUGACGCAGGAAACGAAUUCACCUUCCAUGCUGCCGGCACUUUAGGCAGCAACGCCUUCGGAGCAGGCCAAGCGCCUUUCUGGUGGAUGAACCAAGAUUCCCCGUUCAAAAAUGGCGGUGGAAACUUCGAGAAAUUCGAAAAAUCUAGCUCCAGCUUCUCGAGCAGCGGAAGUACGGGUGCCGGUGGAGAUUUGGCUGCGAACGCCUUUUUGGCGGGAGGUUUAGCUGGAGCGCAAGGACAGGGUGUUGCUGGCAAGCCUGGAGCGACAUACCAGUCAUCCUCUUUCGAAUCUUCGUCUUUUAGCAGCAGCAAAGACGGAGAGGUCGAUAUUGCGAAUAACCCCUUCUUGAACGGAGGCAUUAAGUUCGGACAAGGGGGUUUCCAGGCGCAAGGAUCUUUUGGCGCUUCUGGACAGGGAUCUAACCAGUUUUCUGGAGCACAAGGGGCUGGAUUUAGUGCCCAAGGCGGCGCUAUCGGCGCUGGACAGAACAAAUACAGCGGAAGCAGUCAGAAUACGGCAUUUAGUGCUGGAAGUAGCCAAAGCGCUUUUGGCGCUCAGGGUGGCCAAGGAUUUGGAAACCAAGCUAAUUCUGGACAGGGUGCAUUCGGCACUGGCUCUCAAAGCUUCGGAGCUCAGGGCACCUUCAGUGCUUCUUCGCAACAAAACGGACAAUACCAGGGAUCAGGCUCCAAGUUUGGAAACAGCGGGAUUUCAGCUCAAGGCAACGGUUUCGGCAACAGUGCUUUCCAGGCAAGCAACUCAGCUUCUGCCAACAAAUUCUCAGCUGGAUUCUCCGGGUCUUCGCCCAGGCCUUUCGCGGCGUCCACAGCGGCUGGAUCUAACGUGAAUUUGAUCCAGAACAGCCAGAAAACAAGUGAAUUUGAUUACGAACAGCAGCAACAGCAGAACAUCGAUGAUGCCUUCCAAAGUACGGGGAACGUGAACAGCCAAGGGUCGUUGCACAGCGGAGGGGAGCUGCAGCAGACGUGCGCUGGCCAAGGCUACGUGUGCGUGCACAAGGCUCAAUGUAACAACGGAGUUGUAAAUACAAAUGGUCAAUCGAUUCUGCAGGCGAAAACUUCGAAACAAUACUGCAACGUGAAGACUGAAAUUUGCUGCAGAAUUGAGCUCUCCAACCUAGCUGGUGCAGCAGGACAAGAAUCUCUAGGAGUAGGCCUUGCUACGUACCAGGGCAAUGGCGGGCUUUUCGCGUCCAGCUCCGGCCAAUCAGGACAAGGCUCCUCCAGCUCUGGCCAAUCAGGGCAAAGCGCGUUCGGCUCUAACCAAUCAGGACAAAGCGCUUUCGGCUCCAGCCAAUCAGGGCAAAGCGCCUUCGGCUCCAACCAAUCAGGACAGUCCGGACAAUCUGGCGCCGGAUUCAAUGGCCAAGCUGGAACGUCAACGUCAUCUUUCGAGGCAUCAAGCUUCAACAAAAAUACUUUUACGUCUUCCGGACAAAAUGGCGGCAACUUCGGAGCUUCAGGACAAAAUGGUGUUGGAUCCUACGGUGCAACAGGACAGGUCGGUUUGGGAACUAAAUCUGGAACUAAUCAAUUCGGAGUUGGAACAAACACCAACAAAUUCGGUUCAAGCUCAGGACAGUUUGGAUCGUCAUCAUCUUUUGGGUCAAUUUCUAAUGCAAACUCUGGAUCCGUUAACAGAGAAACGACAGCUUCCGGCUUCGGAAGCCAAGGAGGUUUCGCCAGCACCAAUAAAUACAAUGGUAACGGUUUUGCCAGUUCCACUCCUGCACCAAACCGUUUCGGCUCCACCGGCGGUUACAACGAAGUUUUCAAAACGACCAGCCAAUCUAACUUCAUCGAAACAGACUCAUUCUCAGCUGGAAGCGAAAACACUGGAGUAUUCAGACCUGGAGCCAGCGGAACUGGCCUUAAACCUGGCAUUCCUUAUCUACCCCCAGUAGAUUCGAACACCCAAGCGUCUGUUUUAGUAACAUCAACAGUUAGACCCAGGCCGACGACAGUCAAGCCCACAUAUUUACCUCCCUCGACCAGCGCUCCAGGAUAUUUGCCCCCUGAUCAAUAUAAUGAGGGAUCCUUGCUUCUGGACGUCACGAGGACGUCUCCGAGACCGCCCGCGCCACCACCGCAGCCAAAUGACCAGAUACCAGCUGGGUGCGCGGCAGCUCUGAAGUGUACUCCCAUUGAGUACUGCACCGCUGAGGGAGUGAUGUCCAAUACUACUGUCGUGCUCACCAGGGAUCAGGAAGCCUAUAGGGUCCCCCUUACUGACUGCAAAGACCUGGAGACUGGUCGCAUAGGGAAAUGCUGCAGAGAUCCGAACUACUCAGAUCCGUGGCCGACUAACCUGAUCGGCAAGUGGGUGAACGGGGUCUUCGGAGGAGACGAUGGCAAAUACAACCCGACGAAGGACAGGCAGGUGACGGCACAGCCUCCCGUCAAUGGUGGUCUCACGCAGACCACAUUCGGCAGCUCCCCAAGGCCAGGCGUGGGCAAAAUCAAUCAGAACCAAUUUGGAGUAGCUUCUCAGGCCCAGACGGGACAGUUUGGCUUCGGGACCCAACAAACUCAAGGAUCCCAAAUAUCAGCCACUACAACCCAGUUCAACCAGAACAAGAAGAUUGGAGAGGCUGCGAUCACGGGUCAAGGUCAGGGGGUCAGCUUCGGUCAAGGUCAGGGGGUCAGCUUCGGUCAAGGUCAGGGCGUCAGUCAAGGUCAGGGAGCCAUCGGCAUCAGAGGCGGCGGUCAACGAAUCAAUGAAUUUUCUAGUCAAAAUACGAAAGAAGUUGCAUUCACGGGACAGCAACAGGGUCAAGGUUUUGCCCAAGGUCAGGGUCAAGGGUUCAUCCAAGGUCAAGGUCAAGGGUCGUACCAAGGUCAAGGAGCUAUCACCACUCAAACUGGUGGUCAAAGAUACAACGAAUUCUCUAGUCAAUCAAACCAGGUCAAUAGCUUCCAAAGUCAAUCGAAACAAAACCAAAUCGGUCAACAGAGCCAGAAGAACGGUUUCCAAGUCGGAGUAGGCCAAGGUGUACUGACAGGAGUCGGGCAGGGGGUGAUUCAGGGUGGUGGCUCCAUAGUCACCCAAGGUUCGAGAUACGAUGUGGAAAGCCAAAGCCAGUAUUCAGAAAAUAUAUACAGGGUGUUCCUGCAGCAGUAUCAAGCAGGAGGCACGUGUGGAGUUUUGAAUCCUCAAAACCCAUACGGCAACCGGAACGAGUUGGAGGUAGACUUCGCAGAGAUCCCCUGGCAAGCCAUGGUGCUGCUGCAGACAAACAAGAGUUUGCUGUGUGGAGGUGUUAUCACCAGACCCGAUGUAGUUGUCACCUCUGCUGCUUGUGUCGAUGGCUUAACCGCUAACGUGCUCAAAGUAAAAGGGGGCGAAUGGAAACUAGGAAUUGACGAUGAGCCAUUACCCUUCCAAAUCGUCGGUGUGAAGCAUAUUCUACGCCAUCCGUUCUACAAACGCGGAAGCCUUGAAUAUGACGCCGCCAUCUUGGUGUUGGACGAGAAUCUGCGUUUAGCCAACAACAUAUAUCCUAUUUGUUUGCCUGGUGCGAGGGACACUGUGGACGCCUUCUAUAACGGUGCAGGGGAGUGCAUUGUGACGGGCUGGGGCAAGCAAGUGCUGCAGGCUCACUUAGCCGGCAGCAUUAUGCACAGCGUCAACGUCUCCCUCAUCAACCCUGGAGAAUGUCAAGCCAAGCUGUCCCAAGACUACCCUCAUUUACUGGAGCAAUACAACCAAGACAGCUGCGUGUGCGGGCAACCCACCAACCCCACUAAUAACAUCUGCAGAGUUGACGUCGGCAGUGCUCUAGCCUGCACCACUGGAAACGGUCACUUCGUGCUGAGAGGAGUGUACUCUUGGGAUUCUGGCUGCCAACUCGGCAACCAGCUGGCCGCUUUCUACAAAUUCGACUUGGAAUGGUACGAAUGGGCCAUCGGCCUCAUAGAGAGCGCUCGCUUCGCUCAGUUCGCAAACGGAGCCACCAACAACCGCUUCUCGGGCCAACUCAACUCUGGCAUCAAAUCAUCUGGCCAAAUCAACUCGGGCAUCAAAGGAUCUUCUGGCGUCAAAGGAAGCUUCAGCAACAAAUACACAAGUGGCCAAGUUAUUUUACCAAGCAACACAGCUGGUAAAGGUCAAGGACAAACAAACGAAGGGAACGGACAAUUUACCAGCGGAUUUUCCAGCGGCUUCAGCCAAUUCGGAUCAAGCAAGUACACGCAAGGAUCUAGCGCUGGAUCGUCUGGCGUUACAUUCUCUUCGGCGCCAAUUUCUAACAGCUUCUCUGCUACGUAUUCGGAGAAGAAGGUCUUCAAAUCUGAGCCUCAAAUUAUUACAUACACAACGAAACCCGAAAUUGUAACCUUCACCACGCCUCCAAAAUAUUUCACUUAUACAACUAAACCUGAAAUCAUUACGUACACGACUAAACCGCAGAUUAUAACCUAUGAAACGUCAGGCAGUGACACGAAUUCUCAGUACGCUGUAGCGCCUAACGUUUCGUUCAACCCCUCUUUUACAGACGCGGUUAAAGGGCACACGCACAACGCACAGUGUAAGUGCUUGGAAAAUGGCAAAAAGUGAAUAUAGGUUAGGAAAUUUUGCAAAAAAAAAGUUUUAAAAUUAAAUGAAUGGACAAACCGACUGCCAGAAACAAAAUUGUAUUUUUUUUUUAAUUUCGGCAUGCUUGCCCAUUUAAAUUAAUAUUGUUGUUUUAUGUACAAAUUUAUCAAAUGUGAAGAGGUAAGGUCAAAUGAUUAUUAUUGCAAGUAUUAUUUUAUCAAUUAAUUGUGAUUAGAUGCAGUCGGGUAAAAGAAUUUGGUUGGAAUUACAAUUUAGGUUACAUUCUGUGCCAUACAAAUUUUAUUUAAAAAAAAAACAGUAAAGAUCAGAAACAGUUCCUAAAUUUUCUGAUGUUAUUUCGAAAAAUACCUACUGGAAAUCUCCGAAAUAUAAUAUUAAAAUCCGUAUAUCUAUUUAUAAUUAUUUUUUGUAAAUAGAUCAAGAUUGUAUUCGACAUCAAUUUUUUUAACGAUAAUGUAAUUCUUGAUUUGUUAGUUUUUUUUUUUAACUGCCAAUUAUCGAUUUUACUUUUUUUUAUGUAUUCGUGUAUUUAUGUUUAUUUUUUAAAGAAUAGUUGAAUAUAAUGUUAGGAUACGAAAAAUAAUGAAAAAUAUUUAUUAGAUAUUUGACCGUAUUGGUACGUUAAACCAAGAUGGUCGACUCUCUAAUUCCGAUCGGACUAGUUUAAAGAAAUUAAUUUUAAGAUUUUUUUAUUAUGUAUUAAACGAAAAAAUUGAUUGAAUAGUAUUUAGUCAAUAUAUUUGUAUCAAUUAUACGUAUAAUUUGUUACAAUAAGUAUUAUAAUUGAAAUUAAAUGGAGGUAUAAUAAUAAAAAA